AUGAACCCCCACAGCAUGGGUAUACUAAAAAGUAGAGAAAGUCGCCGAAGAAACGAGUGUCGCUUUUCUCAAUCCCAGAGAUCUUCGCCUCGAAAGCUCUUCGCAAUGGCCUACAAUCUUGUGGUUAUUCUGUUUGCCCUCCUGCUGGCUAUCACUGGCUUUGCAGAUGAAAAUGCCAAAGCAAUCGAUGCCGGAUUCGGUGGCUUCGAUCUCAAGAGUUACUCGAACUACGACGGCAAUGAUAUCCGUGCUUUCGUUGAUCACAUCCUCCUCCCUCGUACUGAUCUGGCUACUGUUACUGUCACUGAGACCUUUUGCGGCGUUGACGGACCGACCUCGCUCCCCGAUUCGCCUAUCAUCUCGAUUCCUGAGACGACCAUCAUGACAGACACUUAUGCGCCCGUGCCUGUUCCUACAACUGAGGGCCCCCCUGUUUUGUCCGAAACUGAAAGUGCUUCAUCCGAUGAGACCACUGCCCUUACUUCACCUGCCUCCCCCGGUUCUCCUCUAGCUCCCACCGCGUCCUCGGGCGGACUGACAACCACGCUUCAGACUAGUUCAUCUUCCUCUGAAGGCGACAGUGGAGGACCAACCGAGACUUCUAGUCCCCCGACUAAUACCAGUGCCCCUACUGCCAAUGCGGGAUUCAACCAGAAAGGAAUGGAAAGUGUGAUACUUGCGUUGGCAUUGACUUUCGUUCGACUCUUCGGGGUCUAA